AUGUCCUCCCAAAAGAUUGAUUUAACCAAGCUGAAUCCCGAGCAAUUAACUGCUGUGAAACAACAGUUCGACCAAGAAUUGCAGCAUUUCACACAAUCAUUGCAAGCACUGUCCAUGGCCAAGGGCAAGUUUGUAGAAUGCAUUGAUGACAUCAAAACAGUUUCCCAGCCAGAAAAUGAAGGACAAAAGCUACUGGUUCCUGCAUCUGCAUCAUUAUACAUCCCAGGUAAAAUUGUGGAUAAUAAGAAAUUCAUGGUAGACAUCGGAACCGGAUAUUAUGUUGAAAAAAGCGCCGAUGCAGCAAUUUUGUUCUACCAAAAGAAAGUGGAAAAGCUUAACAAGGAAUCUGUGCAAAUUCAAGAUAUCAUAAAGGAAAAGACCCAAUACUCUUUGACCAUCGAGGCCCAGAUAAGACAGGCUGCUAUCAGACAGCAUGAAGCGAUGAGCAAGCAGCAACAACAGCAGCAGAAGGAGGCUGCCACAGCCUAG